UUACAUAGGCAACUAUCGAUAUGAACGCCUGCGCUGCGAUCCUGUACGAUCCUUCCUCUGUUUCAAGUGGUCACCUCGAGGGCUGAAUGAGAGCCGAAAUAUUCUUUUCCUGACUUUAGGCAACUGUUUAGGCGAAUAGCCAUACUUAUCAUACCAAAGGGAUUAUUGAUGUGAUCAAGUGACGCCGAUGGUCGCUAGCAGUGCAUGCAGGCUGGGUACCUUCAAGGAGAUAAUACUAUUAAUAGUCAUUUUUACUUGUGUCCUUCAGUUCUGUACGGAUAGUCGGCUGUCGUGCAGCAAUAGACGGACUCAUUCCUGUGCACUGUCUGUAGGCACCCUCAUUCCUGUGAUCCACUCUGCCCUCCAGAUACAGGGCUGAAAGGCUUGGCCUACAAGCAGCCAAUUGAAGACUGAUUUGUGAAUCAACAAAUCUGUAGUUGUAAGCUUUAUUGGUGUGCUAGCAUGAUGAGUAACAGCACUGAUGAUGGACUGCUGAAUACCACACAGCUAGCUGGCUGUGUGGAUGAUACACUAGUGCCCUAUGUCAGCCAAAUCUUCACGGAUGACCUUGAUACUGGCACACGUGUACUGUACGCCUUUGCCAUCGCUAGCGCGCUUAUCAACUUAGUCCUGUAUCUAGUCAGGGUCAACCGAGACAGACCGCCCUACGAUGAUCCAUCAUUGUUCAAAACAAACCUAGUGCUGGUGGCAUUGCCAAUGGUCAUUUCCAUUUCCAGCCUGUGUGGAGUAAUCGUACCACGCUCUUUAGUUCUCGUUGGCCUUGUGCAGAAUGUGUAUUUUUCCUUCUGCAUCGCUCGCUUUCUUAGCAUCAUGGUGAGGCUCUUGGGCCAUCGCGAUCAACUUGUUAAAAAGCUGAGCGGUACGCGAAUGGAACUGGGCCGUGCUGUGCCAGGCUUUGGCAUCUGCUGUGCACCGUGUUGCGCACGCCCAGCUUUUAAAAGCUCCCAUCUGAUUGUACUGGCAUACUGCAUCUACCAGUACUGCAUUCUACAACCACUCAUUUCAUUCCUGGCAGCUGUCCUGUACGACAAUGGCAACUACAUUGAAGGCUAUGUCAGCAAGUAUGAUGCCUACAUUUAUCUCAAAUGCUUGCAAGUGGCUAGCAUGCUGUUAGCCUUCUACUGCGUGACUCUUAUCAGAUUAAUGGUGGAACCGAUUCUCACGAACUACUAUGUCGGUCGCAAGUUCCUGGUGCUGAAAACUGCAAUGCUGAUGCUCAACCUUCAGUCGCUUCUCUUUGGAAUUCUGGCUCGUGCUGAUGUGAUUAAGUGCAAUAUGCACUUCAGCAAGGCGGCACAAUCAUCAUACUAUCUGGGCUUUGCGCUCAUCUUUGAAAUGCUGCCUCUCUGCUGCUUCACGGUGUUUUUGGCGUACCCUUUCUCGGACAAGCUGGACCGGCACACUCCAGUGCAGCGAGAGUCUGUCAGUGAGCUGAGCAAGUCCGAUGUCGGUGCGGCAACAGUCCAGCAAGAUGACGAUGUUGUUUAGAUCUAGAAAGACAAUCACUACUACAGGCAUGGUCUUGCGUUAGCAAUGGACAAGGCUGACGGGCACGGCCGGUCAUUCAGUGCAAGCAGGAUGGCCGGCGUCAACGUGGCAAAGGCAGACACUACUAUAACAGCUCAAGGACACACACACACACUGGUACACUGUGGAGUGGAUAUUGCUAUUUUAGUACCGUACUUGUGCAGCGUGUACCAUUACUACAAGUACAGAUCAGCGGAUAUUUUAGCCCUUUAUGGACAAUCGCACGACUUUCGAUCAUAUAUGAUCGAAACUUCAAGCGGGGAUUUCAGCGGGCGAUCUUCAUCGUUUUUCGAUUUUUUUCGAUAAAUCCUCGGCUGUGAUGCAUGCGGAUCGAAUGAGCAUAACAUCUAUGCACCUCACAAGUAAAAAAAGGUCGCGAAAAAUCUCACUGAACAUGGCAAACUCAACAGUGCAUUCGCUCUCAAUGGAAGUCAAACAUUUUUCAACACUUCACGUUGGCAACUUUUAUUGAUCCGAAUUUGGUCUGGUCUUUUUUAUAUGAAAGCUUUGUCCACCUAAACCGAUCUGCAUACAACUUGUAUCAUAACUGUUCUUGAGUUACAGCAGUCAAUUGAA